AUGGACCAGCCAAGGACCCAUUCAGGACCCACGACGGCCAGCAAUCCUACCCCAAGCUCCACUAACUCGUCAUCUGCUUCUAGCGCGGCUAAGUCAAAGCAAGAAAGAUCCUCUUCGUCAUUAUCCAAAACUUCGUCUGUGGUGCCUUCAAAAGAUUCACCAGAUAGUACUACUAUUGCCAAAACUCAAGUCGCCACUUUGAAGAAUGACAUGAAAUCUAGUGAUUCCAGUACGCUAGAUGGCUCAUCUCAAAAUAUCAUCCCCAAUAGGGCCUCGAUGCAAAAGUAUAUUGACCAAUCGUCUGAUCUUUUGUCGAGGAGUUCAGGCGUAAUAACUCCAUCUAUGUCUUUGAAUGCAAGCACUGCUGCGACCAACAAUGAUAGCAGUGGAAAUUCAGCUAGUGAUAGUAAUCCGAAGAUUCCUAUGGAUAGGGAUAAUACCAUAUUCAAGGCAUUUGACACUAAGACUGGUCAAUUCUUGAAAAACGAUGAUAAUGAAGAGGAAAUAAGGAGAAGUAACAAAGUUGACUCCAUACCCCCAAAGGUUAUUUUUACGAAUAUGAACAAUCCGUCUCCUUCACCACCACCAUCUUCAACACAGCCUCCUUCUGCGUCAGCACCGCAAUUGCCACCGGCAACGGAGCAACACAAACAACAAGCAGCGCAGCAACAACUACCGGGAAAUGCUUCUAACUUUUUAAGAAUUCUUUCAAAUAAGAAGACAAGAUCGCAUUCCGUACCCACUAUUCUGCAUUCUUCUUUAAGAAAAUUAUCAUCUCAUAAUCAAUACUAUCGUAAUCAAAAUAUUCUUCUAAAUCAUCAAACCCCCUCUGGCAUAUCAAAGAAAAAAUUCUGUAGAAACCAUCAUCAACCAUACUUGCAUUCUAAUAAUCCUCUCAGUUCAAACCUCCUUUCAUUAAAGCGCGCCAUCUUUCUAAGUCAGAGAAUAUCCGAUAACACAAGCACUAAUGCUAAUAACGAUAACAUCAGUGACUCUACUGGCAAUCCAAUAACAAAUUCCAACUUUACGUCAAACUCGAACUUUGACUUAACAUUGGAAGAUAGAAUAAACUACAUAAAGGCCACUCCAACACCUGUCCCAUUCCCUCCAAUAAAUCUACAGGGGUUAAAAGAAAUCGAUCUACAAGAGAUUCUAAAAAACCCGCAAUUAAGACAUGAUAUCAUAUUUGACCCGUUAUUGCAAUUCAGGCCAAACCUUGACGGUGAAAGAGGCAAUAAAAAAAGACAAUUGGCUAAUAUUUACUGGAAUGACGUUCAAAACGAGAUUUAUGUUUAUUCUAAGAAACCUGAAAUAUUUCAAUACAACAGGUCAAGACUAGUACCACUUUUUGACACUUUGAGAGAUGUAUUGUUAACCAUAGUCCCACAAAAAGAGUCCCCGAUGAUAAAUAAUGUAUUAGACACGGAAUUGAACAUUCAAGAACUACUAAAAGGUUCUUUAAUAAUGUCUAACCUGUCAGGCUGGUUGGCUGAUUUAUUUAAACACCAUUGUGCUCCCAUGAGAGAUCCAUGGGUAGACAAGAUGAGUAAUAAAUUCAAAGAAGCUGAAAGGGACUUUUCUUUAACAAGAUUAAUAGAAGGGUUAAGAUUAGUUUUCCAAAUUUUGGAAACAAUGAAACUGGAUAUUGCCAAUCAUCAAAUAAGAAUACUAAGGCCAGCUUUAUUAAGUAAUGCUGUAGAAUUUGAGAAACAGUAUUUCAACACUCUUAUAGCUUCCAAAAGAGUUAACUUAAAUACAUCCUUACUUUGGUUUGAUAAAAAGUUCAACGAUAAUGUUUCCAUGGGUCUUGUUAGAAAUGCAAAUUCCAUCACUAUCCCUGACGUCUACAAUAUUUGCAUUAGAAGUAUUAUCAACCUAUUAUCAUGUAGAAAAAUGGUCAGAGAGUACCCAACUCCGCUUUCUUUUGAUCAUGCAAGAUUAAUUCUUUUGCGUGCUGAUAUUCGUCAAAUUGUCUGUAUUCUGGUUUGCCGUUUGCUUUUCCAACAAUUAGUAGCUAACGAUCCUUCAAUGGAUAAAGUUACAAAAGAAUAUGUCAUCCAUACAUACACGACUAAGAGAUUGAAGAAUGAAAUUAUCAGUAUUAUAACAGAUGAACACGGUAAUUGCAGAUGGACAAAGAACACAAUGUCUAUAGCUGUUCAUCUUUGUAAAAUUAUCGAUGAUCUUCACAAAGAGUAUGAUAACAACAACAAUGGUAGUUGUGAAAGAAUCACGAAACGGCAAUUGCCUUCAUUGGACAACGGAAAAAUCACAUUUGCUAAAUCAUGGUUAUCUAAACAAACUCAACCCCUCAGUGAAGUUUAUGGUGUGCUAGAAAAUAGAGUAUUCAAAUCGCUAGAGGACGCCAUUUUGAACAGAUCUGAGUGCACAAUUGAUGGACGUGUUAAACAAGACUUCGUAUAUCUAUACAAUACAAACAAUGGAAACGUGGGUGGCACAAACAACCUGACUAACAAUUCAGAUACUGCUAGCGUCAAAAUCAGCCCGUCUUUAAUGUCUCCUUCUAAAACCUCCGCCACGACACCAACUAGUAAUACGGCAGCGUCUAGGAGUUUGUUCGCAGCAACAGAGCUGGAAGAAUUUGAUAACGUCUAUCGCCAUUUAUAUGCAUUAAUAAACCUUCAUUGGUCCGUAUUUGGUCCACAUUACAUCGAAAUGUUAGGAGAUAAAGUUAAUAAAAAAGGAAUAUAA